GCAGAGCAGGACUGGAAACUUUAAACUCUCGGUACAACUUCACGCUCCUCCAGCGGAUCCUCACUUUAACGUCUUGGGCAGACCUGCUUUACAACUUUUCUCACUGAUUGUGCUCUUUCCAUGCUGCAGAGUCUUUGUAAGUUUUUUUUUUUUUUUUUUCUUGACUCUGCAUUUUAAGGCACCGUUGUUUUAUUUCCCUCCGCACGUCCACUCCAGCCCGAGUCUCCGGCCUUAAUUCAUUAGUGAGCAGAAUCCUCAUCACGUUACACGCGGCAGCAGCGCAGCUACGUGACUCUCGGCGCGACUAAACCGGGAGCAGAUGACUUGGAAAUUCCCGGUCAGCGUUUUUUUUUUUCUUUUUUUUUAAUCCUUGACUAAGCUUAUUUGGAACUUUUGCUCAAAGAAGUCGCGAGAUGAAAGCCGGUCUUAUCAUCGAGACUGUGGCGGCGCUUUAUUUGCUCUUCUCACCUGCUCAGAGUCUACCUUUAUCAAGCAUAAACAGUACAAUGGAAGUGCUGAUGUUUCAAGAGGUGUGGGGUCGAAGCUUCUGCCGGACCAUCGAGAAACUGGUGGAGGUGGUGCACGAAUACCCAACAGAGGUGGAGCACAUCUACAGCCCCUCCUGCGUGCCCCUGGUGAGGUGUGCCGGCUGCUGUGGCGACGAGAAGCUGGAAUGCCAUCCCACUCGCACCACUAACGUCACCAUGCAGCUGUUGAAAAUAAGGCCAUCAGAGCCGGGUCAAGAAUAUGUUGAGAUGACGUUUGUGGAGCAUCAGUCAUGUGAAUGUAGGAUCAGGAAACCUAUCGUGACGGUUGAAAGGAAAAGGAAAAGAGGAAGAGGAAGGAAGAGGAAGGAGAAACAAAAACCUAAAGACUGCGAGAGGUGCCAGAACCCGCGCAGGUAACUGCAGUGGUAGCCCAGACCGCCGUUGCAGUGUGGCUCACUGUUCAUUUGCAGCCCAGUGACAGAAUCAAGAGUCUCCUCCACUCAUCUAUCAAAACCGCGUCUGCGAUCAGAGACUCAAACAGCUGGGAUGAUUCGCUGGCAUGCUCUCCUACCGACGGACAGGGCGAUGGUGAUGACAAGCUUUAACAGGAAGGGCGUUUUGAUUGGUGAAAACACUGCUAUUACACACCUGACACAAUGGACAUCCAUGGGAGCCAGUGCAAUGUAAAACAGAACAGACUGAUGUUUUCAUUUUAUAUACUAGUUAUUACUGUGUCAGUUAUUUGAAUUUGUUGAUUUCUUUGGUAUUUAAAGGUGGUUACACUUGUUGAAAAUCUAUAUUUAUUGAUUCAUCUGAGUAUAGUUGGUCCAGAAACUUUUAAGAAGUUUGUUAUUCUUUUCCGAAACAUUAUCAAAAACAGUUGUCCAACGGCAUAUAUUGGACUGAAUGUACAGUUUUGUUGAACAUGCAUAAAUGAAAUGUCUCCCUCUGGUGUUUAAGGAUAUGCUGUCCAAAAUUGCUUGAAUAUGAAGAAUGAUUUAAUUGGAAGAAUUUUCAAAUACAACGAGAUACAACAGCAUGGUCAGUCAAAAUAAAGUACAUCAUCCAUGCAUAAGGAUCCUCAUUUUAUUAUUUAUGACAAAAGUAAUCCAACAAUAAUAUGGUAUGCAAGGCAUAAAGCUCUAUGUAAUACAUUAUGCUAGAGUAAUGUCUUUCCUGAGCCACUGUUACUGCCAUACAGCUGCUACUAAAACUAAAACAACUGGUAAAGGUAGAAAUGUAGGCAGAAAAAAUCUUUAUGAAAAAGACUGUGAGCAUGUACAAACCUGUUAAAGACAAAAACAAUACUAAUAACAGCAAGAUGUUACUGUGGAAACAGCUCCCUUGGUUUCAUGUCUGGGAUGUGGUUUAUCUUUUCUCUCUAUUGUGUUCUGCGUUCCCCUGAGAGUUCAUCCAGUUCUUUCCCUCCCUCUCCUCCAGUAACCCACAUUUUUGUGCAACAACUAAAAGAAAUAAUGUAAUGACCCUACCUGAAGUGAAUGUGGGUGAAACAGGAGAUGCUUUGGCAUCAAAACCAUCUUUGUGUCUAUCCUCACCUCGUUCCUCAUUCGCUUUUUCAGUCCUACUCUCUCCCUCUGUUUGCAGUCAACCAAAAAGCAAACAUUAAAACCAAACAGAAUUUAUAGUCUUAUCAGAAGUAUAAAUUGAAGUUAAUCAAUUUAUGACACUGCUGUAAUUGAAUAUCAGCUUAUAAUUGAAAAUACAGGCAGAUAACUUUACUUUGGCCUUACUAUCUCUCGUCUCUCUUGUUUAUUCGUCAUUGCAGGCAUUCUGUCAGAAUAGUUGUGCCAUCCUUUACUAUAAAGUUAGCUUAGUUGUGCAAGCAGCUCAAACAACCAGGAAGAAAGGAGAGCCAAGAGGUCAAUAUUAGCCAUCCAUCACUAUCAUCUCCGAGGGUUGCUUGUUGUGUAAUCCUCAAAUUACUUUAGUUCUGCUGUCCUAAUAAAAGAUAUUCCCCAUGACAACCUGCAUCUGAGCACUGCUUCUUUCUCUCCCGAUGUGCUUCAAGCCGAGUGCCAUGGGCCAACAAAUUAGACUGCCACUGUUGUGCAGCAACCGUGUGCACACUACCACGGACAAUGCACUCCAAUCGGGCAGCUUACCGUUAAUUUCAACUUGUGUUUUUAGCUCCACUGAAUUAUUUGACCAUUUGGUCAAAAUGAGUUAUUUUCCCAUUACCCACCCAUCUUUCCACUAUCUCAACCCACUCAUUCCUAUUUAGGGUGCUGAAAAUGUAUAUAUCAAAUUGACAGUGAGACACAACUCGUGAGACAUUUAUUGGAAGAUGCAACAAUGUGUGUAGUGUGCAGCUGCAUUGUUGUGGUUGAAGUGAGGAAGGGUUGUUACAUUACUGACCUGUUGGCAGUUUUCUCUUUCAAAUUUAAGAUAAUAAAGCAGUUGUGUUGAGGCAUGAAAAUAUGCAUGUGCAUUUGUUUCCUGAUAAUAACUCAAUUUAGAAUUGAUAAGAAUCUGAUUGAUAAGCAAAAUCAAUAAUGGCAUCAUUGCUAAAAUCUUAUCAGUUUGCAUCCCUAGAUAAAACAGAAGGUAAAGGGUUUUACUGUCAAUUGCUGUGUAAAUAAGAAUAUAUUCAAAAUGUUUAGCAUUUGAAUAAAGCUUCACAACAGACUGAGAAUUAUUGCAUAUUAGAUGUCAAACUGGGACAAAUAACAUAUUUUUGGAUAUAAAACCUUUACCACACAUAAUCCAAACAUUGCUAAAUCUACUGUAAAAAAAAUUACAUAGUCUAA